GCUCCGGGUUUGUACAUCCGUGCCGUCCGUCUGCGCUUUCUCUUUCAUUGAGUGCAGGGUUCCAGCACCAGUGGGCCUUUCUUUUGGGAACUCCUUCCUUACGCAGCACCACGUUAAUAAGAAGCCGCAAACCGAGGGGCUGCAGGCAUAUAAACAGUUCCCUUCGUCUUUGCACUGAAAAGGGUUUAGCAUGAUGCUGGGUUUGCUGUUUAUUGUUGCUUUCGCAUCGGCCGCGCGCGCCAGUGAUGUGCUCGAGUACACAGAUGACGAUUUUGACAGCAAAAUAGGAGACCACGAUCUCAUUCUGGUGGAGUUCUUUGCACCCUGGUGUGGUCACUGUAAGCGUCUAGCCCCUGAAUAUGAGGCAGCCGCCACUCGACUGAAAGGCAUUGUCUCACUUGCUAAGGUGGACUGUACCGCCAAUUCUAAAGUGUGCGGUAAAUAUGGUGUUAGCGGAUACCCAACCCUGAAAAUUUUCAGAGACGGCGAGGACUCUGGAGGCUAUGAUGGUCCCAGGACUGCAGAUGGAAUUGUUAGCCAUCUGAAAAAGCAGGCUGGUCCAGCCUCGGUGGAACUCCAAAAUGGAGCUGAUUUUGAGAAGUACAUUGGAGAUCGUGAUGCCAGUGUUGUGGGUUUCUUCGCAGAUGGAGGAAGUGCCUCUCAGGGAGAGUUUCUGAAGGCAGCCAGUGCUUUGAGAGAGUCCUACCGCUUCGCCCACACUAACAAUGAGGAUCUGUUGAAGAAACAUGGCAUUGACGGAGAAGGUAUUAUUUUGUUCCGGUCACCACAACUGAGCAACAAAUUUGAAGACAGCAGUGUGUUGUUCACAGAGGACAAAUUCACAAGUGCAAAGAUCAAAAAGUUCAUUCAGGACAACAUUUUUGGCAUCUGUGCCCACAUGACUGAGGACAACAAAGACCAGCUGAAAGGCAAAGACUUGUUGGUGGCAUACUAUGAUGUGGAUUAUGAGAAGAACCCCAAGGGCUCCAACUACUGGAGGAACAGGUAAAACCUUAACUUGGUUUUGUUGACUGUUUCUC